UAUAUAAGUACAUAUUUGGUUUUUGGUCGUGCGGUGUUAUCAUCAAAAUUCCAAAGUUGCAGUUCCAUUUCCAAAAAAAAAAUGCUGUAAUGAACCGAUAUGUUCGUUCUAACAUCGCUUUUUUAACUUUUGAGUUUGAGCUGUUUUCUGCCUUUGAAGACCAUUGAAGAAACAGUAAUAAAAACCGUUUAAGUGCAGAAUAGAUGCAACCAUAGGAAUUAUGAAAAUUCUUGAUACGUUACCGCGGACCAGUAAUUCAGCACUACAAUUAGAAUACUUUAAAACAUUUUUGAUCAAUCUACUUGGAUGGAGUGUUUUACUACCAACAGUAUCCUUCUUCGCGGUGUACAGGAAAGUUAUCGAUAUUAUAUUAAAAACGAAACAUGGAGAACGAUAUGGUGGCCUUUUUAAUCUGAACGAUGGAAUUUUCUUCUGGAGAGACUUUUCUCCUCCUUACCUGACCACGGUAUUAUACAUUAGAAGUAAAACGCAGAUCGACCUCUUACCCAAGGUGCAGAAGGUCAUCAAGGAAAAGAUCUUUACCAAUCCAGACUUGUAUCCGAAACUAACUGGGGCGAAAUACUCUUUCGGAGGAUAUGCUUACUGGUUGAAAAAUGGACGUAAAGUAGAUAAUGUAGUUAAAACAUUGAGGCAGCCAAUUGCCGGUAAAUUUGAUGAGAAAUAUCUGAAACAAGCGACUGCUGAAAUACUGGAGGUACCACUGACGGACGAUAAUCCGGAAUUAUGGAAUUUCUAUAUCAGCAAGAAGCCACUUGAAAAUUUCAGUUCGGAUGGCUCCUACUGUUACCCCAUAGUUGCUCGUUUUCAUCACACGAUCGCAGAUGCUACUUCGAUAGUCGCACUGUUCAUUAGGCUAUUUGGGGAUAGUUCAGCUCAAAACUACAGUGAAGAGCUGUUUGAACGAAUACUGAAGCCAUCUACUAUCCAACCUUAUCAUAGAACAGCAAUAGAAUCGACUAUUCUCUUUGUGAAAAAAUGUGUCAGGACCAUUUGCUUUUCCUUUGACCUUAUAUUUUUCGCAUUUGGAAGAAUUAUUCAAAACACUCAUUUGCGAAAAACCGAUCAGAAUGCUCUGCAUGGUUCCAAUUACUCAGGAAAGAAAAUCACGGUCUGGGCUGAUGAAAAUGAAUCCGAUUGCUUGCUCAUGGUGAAGAAAAUAAGGGAGCGAACUAAAUCAAAGUUUACCUGUGUAGUUGGCACAGCUAUAUCGGCUAGUUUGACCGAGUACUUUAAGAGGAAUAAGCUCCCAGUGCCAAAUAGCGUAACUGGUGUAUUAACAUUACUUCUAAACUUCCCAUCAAUUGAUCCAAAUAAGCCAGUUGUAUUAGACAACAAGACAGCCGGUCUGGGCUUCGAUUUACAAUUGCAUACUUCCAACAAUUUGGUGGAUACCUUGCGUACUAUUACCACUACAAUGAACACCCAGUUAAAAUACACAGAUGCCAUAAUUUCCUACGUGCUCCUGAUAUACGUCAUGGGAUGUGUGCCUGUAAAACUACUUAACAAUUAUUUGGGGUAUGACUCACAAAGUUUCCUAUUCACCAAUAUACCAGGUGGCUCUAAAAUUGAGAUGUUUGACGGAUGCGUUUUAGAAAAAGUGGUUCCUGUUGCCCCCAAUAUACAAGGCAUGGGCGUCUCCUUUGGCAUAAUCAGUUAUGAUAAUAAACUGCAGAUAGGUGUGACAGUGGACAAGGCAUUAACUUCCAAUUCAGAUGAAGUGCAAAAAAUUGCAACUGACUUCUUUAAUAAUAUUCGGCUUUUAAACGCCGCUACAAAAAGCGAAUGUUAAUCUGUAUCAACUUUUUAGUUUUAUACAGUUAGGUAAUUCUUCUAAUCUCUAGACACCUUUUCUAUUAUUAAGUGUGAAUUAUACGGUAGUAUUUAUAUUUUCGAAAUGACUCAAUGAUUGUACACAUGAAACACUUUUUUAAAAAUAAGUGUUGUGAUUUUCUUGAAAAGAUUGAACGAGAUGUGAAUAAAAUCAAUUGAAUGUAA